CUUAAAUGUUCCAUUAUACAUGUAGUUUAUAACUCUCGAUGUUUUCGAGCCAUCGUCAUUUAAAACGCAAGACACCGGCAGAAGGCAUAGAUCGACGUGAAUAUAUUGGUCACCUGGUGGAUGAAUAUUACACAUCAACAAACGUUGAGGCCCUGGAGCAAGUAACCGCGAACUUGGCAAACUUUGCCUACGAUCCAAUAAACUGGCCUUAUCUGCAUGAAGCCGAAGCCUUGGAUGUCUUUGUGGCAGCUCUGGACACCCAGAACCCUAAUCUUCAGCUGCAUGCAGUAGCAGCACUGUGUAACUUUUGCUUAGACAAGAUCGCCGCGAAAUUCAUAGUUGCAAAAAAUGCCAUACUCAGAAACGUUUUCCUAAGCACAGAGAAGGCUGAUACCGUGCUGCAUAGCCUGGCACUGCAUUAUCAACUGCUGAGCGCAGGACUGAGCAGCAAAGAGGAAAUCGUAACGCCAGCAUUACUAAAGCGAGUUUUACAUUGGCGGCAAUCAUCUAACGACGAGCGCGUUCUGUGCAGCCAGCCACAAGCCAAACUAAAACAGGUUCAAGUGAUAAAACGGUUUACACAGCAGGAUCUUGAAAUAUUUUCUCAAUUCACCGGUGAUUCUAAUCAUAUACAUAGUAAAGACACGCCCAUCACAGAGCGACGCGUUCAUGGAGCACUGCUUAAUGCAGUUGUUGCUGGAAUUAUAGGAACACAAUUGCCAGGACCAGGCACAGUGGUGCUUGAGCAAAGUUUCAAGUUCUUGAAACCAUGUCGCAUAGAAACUGAUACCUUAGUGACCGUGCGUUUGAUCAAAGCGCGCAAAAUCGCGACUGUGGAGUACGAGUGUAGACAACACGAUGACGUUGUCUUUGCGGGCAAUGCUAAAUUGUUGGCACCCAAAGGGGUUGUUUAGUUAAUAAUAAUAAAAAAUGCAAUUGUUUUUAGUGAA